UAGCAUCGUUAGCUCGGUUCGGAGCCGAGCUGCUUGUGUCCGCGGCGGGUGAUGCUGCAACCUUCCGCCACAGGCUUUGGAAGAUAGACCCCGCUUCCCCCGGCGCCCACUUUCCGUGUUUUCUCCUGCUUCCACCGACACGCUGAAGUUGUGAACUGCGGCCCGCAGACGAUGUCCGGCUCCGCGGGCACAGGUGGCUCGACCCCCCGGAAGUUCAGCGACAAGAUCGCGCUGCACAACCAGAAGCAGGCGGAGGAGACCCGGGCCUUCGAGCAGCUCAUGACCGACCUCACCGUGUCCCGGGUGCAGUUUCAGAAGGUCCAGCAGCUUCGUUUGUCUCAGUCUCGGGCUCAGUACUACGGAGGCUCUCUGCCCAACGUCAAUCAGAUCGGAAACGCCAGCAUCGAGUUUCAGGGGGGCUUUCCUUCAGGGUUGGACUCAGUCAGAGGGACCCGCCACCAUGGACUUGUUGAGAGGGUCCACAGGGACCGCAACCGCAUCAACUCUCCUCACCGCCGACCCAUUGACAAACACGGACGACAGAUGGAGAGCUCUCCGUAUGGAGCGGUGUACCUGUCACCACCUCCAGACAACAGCUGGAGAAGAACCAACUCGGACUCGGCUCUGCACACAAGUGCUAUGAACCCAAACCCCCAGGACCCGUUUGGCCUGACUCAGCAGAUGGGCCGAGGUCCCCCGCAGCGCAAUGCUAGUGUGAAUGAAGCAGAUGUUGACAACAGUGGAGAUGUCUUCUCCUUUCCUGCCCUGCCUAACGAGGAUAAUCUAAUAGGAGUCAGUAAACCUCUUCCUAAACAACUAUGGGAGGCCAAAAAGGUCCAGUCUUUGGCAUCGAGACCUAAAUCAUGUGAAGUGCCUGGAAUCAAUAUAUUCCCGUCUCCAGAGCAGAACCCUGGUUUGUCCCACUACCAGGGCUCUUUGAGUACCGGGGGCUCCCUUCCGGAUCUCAGCAACCUGCAAUUCUCGUCUCCACUGUCCACCCCCCUGGACCCUGAAGACAACGGAGGGUACCCCAACCUGAGUGGGGGCAGCAGCACAGGAAACCUGCCUGCUGCUAUGAUGCACCUUGGCAUCGGCAACUCCCAGGGUUUGUCCUCCUCUUUGAGCAACCCGUCCAUUCAAGCUUCCCUCAACAACUGCCAGCUGCAGUCAUCCCUCAGCAAUCCGUCCAUCAGCUCGUCCCUUCGUCUGUCCAGCAACUCGCCUCGACGGCGCCCAGCUCCCAUCAGCCCCCUCACCCUGUCUCCAGGAGGGGAGCAGCGCAGGGGGCUGGCCAAGCAGCUGUCCCCCACCAUGUCCCCAUCGCUGUCCCCCAUCACGCAGGGGGUUGCGUUGGACACCAGCAACAUGCCAAGGGAACCACCCCCACCCUAUCCUCUCUACCAGCAAUCCCAGCAAGCAGUGGACCAGAGCCGACAGCGGCAGCAGCCGGCAGUACCGCAGCAGCAUCAACAGCAGCCUGUUUCACCUCUUCAGAACAUCCCCCUGGACUUCAACACUGGCCAAUUGGACCAAUUCAGUCUGUUGGAAAAUGCAAUGAGCUCCUCAGCAGGGGGGUCCUGCUACGAUCCUUCAUCCUCCGCCUCUUCCUCCUCACUCUACCACUCCCAGGCGGUUCUGUCGGGGCUGGGCGGCAGCCAUGGCAGCCUGCAGGACCUGAUGCACAUGAGGUCCAACAUGCUGUACUCAAACUGCAGUGGGGGGCUGCCCAACAUCAUCCUCACAGAUGACUCCAACCCCAAUCUGUCGAAGGACAUCAGCAACGCCCUCUCCACCGUGCCCGAGUGUUUUGACUCGGAGGGAGGCUUCCCGCUGGAGGACGAGCUGCGCAUCGAGCCGCUCAGCCUGGAUGGACUGAGCAUGCUCAGUGAUCCCGACAUGGUGCUGCCCGACCCGUCAGUGGAGGAUUCGUUCCGUAGUGACAGACUCUGA